GAAAUAGUGUCAUCACAGUGCGACAACGUCUUACUUUAUCCAUCCUUUAGACAUAACUAUUUUGGAAAGCUUUAUUGCACAAACUUCCGUAUAUGCUUUGUUCCACUUACUGAUAAGCAACCAGACCCGUGUUGUAGCCGAAGUCUGGUUCUCGAAGAUGAGCAUCAGGUACCACUGUGUUCAGUUGCUGCUAUAUAUUGCUCCCCAUCACCUAUAGUUUGCCGUUCGGAUACAUCAUCAAAAAAAUAUCGAUUAAUGAUAGCUCCAGCUUCACAGCUUGAUAUUAUUUCAUCCAUCAAAAUAUACACCAAAGAUUUUCGUGUUUGGAUUUUUGAUCUUCAGCAAAGUCAGUUUGCUGUUAAUCUUGCAAAUAAUGUAUAUCAUUUUUCUCGUCCUUCUUCACUCUCCAGUUUGCUUCAGCUUUCUUCUGAAGGAAUCCAAAAGUCUACGCAUUCAAUAAAUAGUUCACUACCAUUCAACAAUAGCACUGACUGGCGAACAGAACUACGACGUUGUGGAGGUAGUGAAGCGCAGUGGCGAAUUUGUUUCUUAAGAUCGGAAACAUCCCGAGAAAAGGCAAUUGUGCCGAGUUAUCCAUUCUGUGUUCUCGUCCCAAGUGGUCUUUUCGACAUUACAGUGUAUGAAAGAUUAAUUCCUAACUGGAACAAUGGUAGAUUCCCUAUUUGGUGUUGGUCAGCUCCAAAUGGUAGUGCACUGCUGCGUUCAUCAUCUUCUUGUAAUAAGGAUCUUAAUGCUCAAGAAUUGUGGGAGAAAGUGCUAUGGUCAGUAUGUCAAGUACAUCCUCAUCGUAAAACACCUCAAGUAAUUGAAUGUGACAUAUCUGCUACUCGUAUUUCAGCUUCAUUUGAGAAACUUCGUGAACUGUGCUCAAUAGAUUCAAUGGGAAGAUUUAUUGAAAAGGAGAAAGACUGGUACACUUUAGUUGAUGACACAGGCUGGUGCGCUUUAGUAUUUCAUUGCCUUCAACUGUCGCACAAGGCAAUUCACUUUGUCAUUGAUAACCAGAGAUCUGUAAUUUUAAUAGACGAAGAUGGCUUUAAUGCAUCAGCAGUAGUAACAUCGUUAAUACAGAUUUGUACAGAUCGUUUUUAUCGAACAAUAUCUGGUUUCAAUUGCUUGAUAGAAAAAGAGUGGAUUGCACUAGGGCAUCCUUUCGGUACCAACAUGUUUGGCUGCAGCCAUGUGGCCAAUGUUCCGCAUUCUCGACCGCAGGCAUGCACAGCAACUUUUCUUUUAUUCUUGGAUUGCGUUUCUCAGUUGAUACGCCUUCAUCCACUUUCAUUUGAAUAUUCACAUUAUCUAUUAAUCGCAUUGUGGGAUUUGUCUAUCACCGGUCUUUCAUCUGGAUUGACCUGCAACUCAGUAAGUGAAAGAUUGGCACUCUGUAAAACUGCUUCCACUUUCCCACUGACACAGUAUUAUACAUCCAAGUAUUGUCUAAUGUUCACGAAUACUCUUUAUUCAGCUAAUCCCUUGUUUGAUUUUGAAUCAAAGCACUUCUCUGUGAUUCAUCCUUCCACGUGCCCUAUUGAUGUCCAGUUUUGGAAUGAAUGCUAUCUUCGAUGGAUACAACCAGCGAGUAUUGCUGAAGGUGGCACGAUUGCCAAAGAUCUGGCGCUUAGCUCUAUACUCUCAUCGGUCGGCUCUAUGAGCUAUCCAGACUGUAAUUCAAUUGUUUGGCGACAACGCCUUCAUCCGGCAUUCGAUGCACUUAUGCUGUCUCCCACCAUUGUGGAACUAAUUCAAGCUUUAUUACCAACAUUAUUUCAUGAUCUACCUCUACUUAUUACUCGUGUAUCAAAAGAAUAAUU